CUGUUAAAUAUUAUUUUACUACUUACAGCAAUGAAAUCUUGGAUUUGCCAUUCAUUGUUUUAUCUGAAAUUGUUGCAGAUGAUCAACAAUAUCUACACUCUAAUGAAUCAAGAGUCCCACCUGCUGCUGGACCUUCUGAUAUUAAUCAUCUAGACCUGUCAAACAAUAAACUGACUCAUUUACCACGUCUACCAAGGAAUCUAUCUUAUUUGAAUAUCAUCGGUAAUAAACUAGAACUGUCAGAACAUAUUUUUGAGGGUUCAAAUAACUUACAUAGGUUACACACCGAUGUUCCUUUCAUAUGUGGUGUUAAGCCAAGGUCAGUUGAAGAAUGUGCGGAUAAACACAAUCCAUUAUGGGUAUGUGUUUUUCAUCCUAAUCAAUGUAAAUCAAAAGGUGAUCCGAUAUCCUCCUGUUUUGCCUUGAUAAGUUCGACAGUAUUAAGAGUUUGCCUUUGGAUAAUUGGAAUCUGUGCUUUAAUUGGAAACCUGGCCGUCAUAAUAUACAGACUGUUCAUCGACAAAGAUAAUAUUACAAAAAGUUACUCGCUCUUCACUCUGAAUUUAGCUAUUUCGAAUAUACUUAUGGGCAUCUACCUACUGAUAAUAGGUGUUAUGGAUGCAUAUUAUGAAGGUGUAUAUGCAUGGAAUGACCAGAAAUGGAGAACAAGUAUUUUAUGUACAACGGCAGGCAUAUUAUCUAGUAUAUCCAGUGAGAUGUCGACGUUCAUCAUUCUCGUGGUGAUGGUAGACAGAGUUAUUGUCAUCAUCUUCCCUCUGUCCCGUUUCUCCAAAAGGUCCAUCACAUGGAAACAUGCUUUAAUUGUCUCAUUGAUAUUAUGGACUGCUGCUGUCACACUUGCUAUCAUCCCUGUUGUUACUCCCUUGGAGUCCUACUUCAAAGGAGAAUUCUAUUCUCAAUCAAGCGUUUGUCUGGCCUUGCCCCUUCAAGGAGAUACACGUCCAGGGACUGGUUAUUCCUUCGCGGUGUUUGUCUGCCUCAACAGCUUCGUAUUCCUUACUAUUGUAGUAUGUCAAAUUUGUAUUGGCAAAAGUUUGAGGAGAUCUGGUCGCCGCAUUUCUUCUUCGCAGAAUCGCCAAAGUGAGAUUACUGUAGCAACGACCCUGUUCUUUGUGUUGGCGACAGACUUUUGUUGCUGGUUUCCUAUUGGUGUCAUGGGUGUCGUAUCACGAUGUGGAAAUGAAAUACCAGACUGGGUGUAUGCCUGGGUGAUGGUGUUCGUGCUACCUAUCAAUGCUGCCAUCAAUCCGUUUCUCUACACCAUUACAGCUAUUUGGAGAAGGAGACCGAAGAAACCAACGCAGGCGAUGAGGUCGAUACUUGUACAAGGACCACUAGUGGAGAAUAAACAUCAUUAUAGGUCAAACUGUGUCCAUCGGUGGUCAGACAGCGUCAAUCAGGGGUCAAACACCGUCAUCAGACAGUUUCCAUCAGUGGCCAGACACCGUCCAUCAACGGUCACACAGCAUCCAUGUUGCAUUGAAUAACACGAGAUCGGAUGUAAACUUUCAGCAUAUGAAACAAAGCUGAAAAUGCAACAAUAAAAGUUAUCGCACGGACAAUAUUUUUUGGAAAAAAUUGUACUUUAAUAUUGACCUUGAAGUCAAGCUCAAAUGAUCCAAAGACUGGACACUGCUCUUUGUUAUCUAGUGUAUGCAAAAGGUAUACAGACACCUUUAUUAAAACAGCAAUUUCAUGUUAGAUCUUUUCGAUUUAGCUGUUUGAUAUGAACACACAUAUAUACGUGUAUACUUUUGGGUGUGUCAUGUGAUCAAUAAGUGGCAUAAUAGGUACAUUAAAGUACCACCAGGAAUGGACUAUCUCGUUUAUCGAACGGACAUGUGUAACCAUUUGAUCGGGUCUAGUGUCCUCACUGUUAAGUGAUUUUUUGUGUUUUCCCAAUUUUGGAUUAGAUGAGUGCAUAUAAAUUAUAUAUGAAUUGUGUAUGGCAAAUUUGUGUGAUUCACCUUUUUUCGAUACAUUGUUGUUUUUAUUUAUUUAUGUAUUUAUUUAUUUAUUUUCUGCUUUCAACAUGAUCUCUUGUUUUUUAAAGAAUGUAAAAAGAAAACUUGAAUGAGUAGUAAUCUUGUUAUGGUAAAUUAUAUUUGAAUUUUUCCUUCCUUAGGUUUGAAA